AUGCGGUAUUCUCUAUGGGCCUAUACGCUUGUGCUGGCCUCUGCUGCUGCCACAACAACGUCACUGAGUGACAUAUGCACCACCGCAUAUGCGAAGAAGGCGCUGCCAGUAGAUGCCAUUCAAGGAGUUACUGUUGAUCCCUCUUCAAUUUCCACAAGUCUUGUCACCAAUUUCACCGCUACCAACAUCUUCUAUCUUACCUCCACCUUCGACUACUGUAAUGUGACUUUCGCAUACUCUCAUGAUGGCAUUGACGGGGAUAUUGUUCAUGUGCAAUACUGGCUUCCAGCCCCAGGGCACUUUAAGAAGAGAUAUGUGUCAACAGGUGGAGGUGGUUGGGCUAUCAACUCGGGGUCCUCAUCGAUCCCUACUGGUGUUAUCGUUGGCGGUGUUGGAGGUUUGACCGAUGGAGGGUUUGGAAGCUUUACCACCCAAUUUAGUUCCGUUGCUCUCUUGGAAAAUGGAACUAUCAAUUGGCAAGCGACAUACAUGUUUGGCUACCAAGCCCAACACGAGCUCGCUGUUUUGGGCAAAGAACUAACAAGAAAUAUUUACAACGUACCAUCCAGCGAAAAGAUUUACUCCUACUAUCAGGGCUGUUCUGAGGGAGGCCGCGAGGGUUGGAGCCAGGUGCAACGGUUCCCCAAUCAGUUCGACGGUGUAGUCGCCGGUGCUCCAGCAUUCCGAUGGGCACAGCAGCAAACCAACCAUCUGACUGGCAACGUCAUCCAGAAAACCUUUGACUACUACUCGCCCAGUUGCGAGCUCGAGAAGAUUAUGAACAUGACCGUCGCAAGCUGUGAUCCCCUGGAUGGUAAGACUGACGGUAUUGUAUCACGAUCCGAUUUGUGUUUGAAGAAUCUAAACUGGGAUUCCAUCCUGGACGCUUCUUACUCCUGCCCUGCCGUUAGUGGUUCCUCGUACGCGGGCGCCACACCUGCACAGACAGGCAAGGUAUCUGCCAAAGCCAUCGAAGUCGUCAAGGCCUUUUGGAAUGGUCUUCACGACUCCGACGGCAAGCGAGUUUACUUCAACUACCAGCCUGGCUCGACUUUCGAAGAUCUUCAAAGCGCAUAUGAUUCGUCCACCGACAGCUGGGAGCUUGACAUAAGUGGUCUCGGUGGCAUGUGGAUUGGCUUGUUCAUUGAUCUUCUGCAGGAGACCAACAUUCCUAGCUUGGACGGCGUGACCUACGAUACCCUGAAGGAAUGGAUGAUACUUUCCCAAAACAAGUACGGAGAUAUCUUCCAGACAACGUACCCAGACUUGUCAGACUUCCAAGCCGCCGGUGGAAAGGUUAUCCACGUCCACGGAGAACAAGACGACUCAAUCCCUACUGCUUCUUCAGUCCGUUACUGGGAUUCAGUCAGGGAAAUUAUGUUCCCCGAUAAGUCAUACAGUGCAGGUGCGGCCGCUGUCGAUGAUUUCUAUCGACUGUUCCUCAUUCCUGGCGUGGGACAUUGUGGCACCAACGAGUACCAACCCAGUGCGCCAUGGCCACAGACCACUCUACAUACUCUUAUUGAAUGGGUUGAGAAUGGCAAAGCACCGGCGACACUUGCCGGGUCUGGUGAGAUCGAAACAAUCUGUCGUUGGCCUCUUCGCCCAUUUUGGACUGCGAAUGGGAAGAAGUUCCAAUGUGUUUAUGACCAGGAAUCGAUUGAUAGCUUUAGUUACGAUUUGGAUGCGUACAAGCUUCCUGUGUACUAG